GAACGAGCGCCUACGUAUCCGCCUCAGCCUUCGUCAGUCCAGCGCAAUCCAAUUCAUUACCUCCUUCACCGUCCCAACGCCCCCUCAAGUUCAACAAUGUCAGACCCACAAUUAUCCCAAGCAGACCUCGCCCGCAUCGUGCAAGAGAACCGAGCAGCCGCAAAACAACGGAUAGAGCAGUCCCGGCCCGCACUUGACCGGGCUCCUGAUCAACCCGUCGGCAGUGGCGGUGGAGCGGGGGCCGAGAAUGGGGCGAAUGCGAGUGCGAAUGCCGACGCGAGCAAGCCAUCGGCGUUUCAGCGGAAGAAAAGGGCUAUUGAUUUGACUUACUGCGAAUACAACCUCUCCACGAUGAAGGACACCAAAGGCGGGUUCCUAUACGAGGAGCAGAGCCUGCCGGACAGCAAGAAGCAGAAACAUGAAGACAAACAGGUCACAUAUGAUCCACCAAUCGACCUAAUAAUGUCAAACAACCCACAAUGCGAAACCUGCAACUCCAUCGACAUCGACCCGCACUACCUGCAACAUUUCAAAGUCUGCGUGUGUCGGUCGUGUAAGGACAAACAUCCCGAGAAGUAUAGCCUGCUCACCAAAACGGAGGCUAGGGAGGAUUACCUCCUCACCGACAGCGAACUCCGGGACACAACAGCCCUCCCCAACUGGGAACGCCCCAACCCGCACAAAUCGACCUACAGCAAGAUGCUGCUGUACCUGCGGCAGCAAGUCGAGGCGUUCGCUUGGAAGAAGUGGGGGUCCCCUGAGGAGUUGGAUGCGGAGUAUCAGAGGCGGGAGGAUGAGAAGAAGGGGAGGAAGGAGAAGAAGUUUAAGGCGAAGAUGAGUGAACUCCGCAGGAAAACACGGACGAGCACCUGGACGCGUAAAGUUGACGACGAGCAUGCGCAUGAGUUUGGGGAGAGCGUGCAUGAUCCGGCCAAAGACGAGUAUACGCAGAUAUGCAGGACAUGCGGAUUCGUAUCGACGUAUGAGGCGUUUUGAGCGCAGGGCAUUCCUUGGGACAGGGAGUCGGCUUACGGGCUGAACAACGAGGGAUGACGCCGGAGCGUACUGCGGGUCUCCUCGCCACGUCGGUCGGUACGAACAGAUCUUGUGUAAUGCACACGUUCACGGACGCAUUAGGACGUCCCGGCCGCAGGACGACGCACCUACCCUUA